GUCAACAGUAGAGGCCCCACCCUUUGUGUUGCCCAUCGUACGUCAAUCAAAAUACAAAGAAAUCUGACAGUUAUCACCUGAAUUUUACGCGAAUGCAAUCAAUAUAAUUCGUUGAUCAUGUCCGGCGCCUUGUGACUAUCAGGACUCCGUUUCACGACAGGUCACGCAAUGACUGCCCCAGAACAGCCAUUGAAACCAGAGGAUAUGGCUGCCUCGGACGGGGACAGUAGUCAAAGCGACUUUCUGCAGCAGCAGGAGGAAGUCAGGGGCAGCCAGCUCACCGGGACUGAUAAAUGGGAAGUGUUAACACCUACAUCAGCAGCAAAGGACGAAUCUGGAAUGAUGCAGAUCCAAAGUCAAGGAAUAUUCACAUCAAAUGGACAGUAUGUUCUUCCUCUCCAAAACUUGCAAAGUCAGCCAAUCUUUGUGACGUCGGGAACAGCCUCCUCUAAUGCCAAUGCAGUGCCUAACAUUCAGUACCAAGUAAUUCCUCAGAUUCAGACAGCAGACGGACAGCUAAGCUUCACAUCCAGCAUAGAUGGAGCGACUCUGACUCAGGAUGCCACGGGGCAGAUUCAGAUCUUGACUGAUGGUAGCCAGAGUCUCAAUGUUACAUCAACUGCUAACAUCCUUAAUAACAACCAAAACCUCAUAUCACAGACUGGUAAUGUCCACCAGAUCCAGGGGGUUUCUAUUGGCAGCUCUACCUUCAACAACCAGGGUCAGGUUGUUACUAAUGUGCCUGUGGGUUUGCCCGGGAAUAUUACUUUUGUUCCUAUUAACAGUGUGGACUUGGACUCCUUGGGCCUGUCUGGAGCUCAAACUAUAGCAACAGGAGUCACUGCCGAUGGCCAGCUAAUUAUGACAAGUCAGCCUGUGGAUGGCUCAGAGAACCAGAUGAAGACAGACAUUCACCUCUCACAGACAAUACCAGGCAGUGAGUCAAAUGCAAAUCCUGAUGUUUUUGUGCCAACGUCUUCCUCUGACCUACACGUUCCAGCAAAUGAAUCAGGUCUGCUGACGCAAGAUUCUUCUUUGUCAUCAGUGGUGACGGAACACGUCGACUCAAGUUCUGGUCUCCAAGAAGGCUUUAUCCAACACAAUCAAGAGCAGAGCAUCCAGGUGUCCUCAGCCGCACCCAUCCUUCAGUUACAGCAGGUUCAGACCACCAACGGUCAGGUGAUGCAGUCAGGAGGACAGGGCCUGCAGAACGUACAGCUGAUUAAUCCGGGAACCUUCAUCAUCCAAGCCCAGACAGUUACGCCAUCAGGUCAGAUACAGUGGCAGACCUUUCAGGUGCAGGGAGUGCAGAACCUGCAGAACCUCCAGCUGCCCACAACACCACCCCAACAGAUUACACUGGCUCCAGUCCAGACCCUGUCACUGGGCUCCAACCCGGUCAGCAUCAGCACAGGACAUAUCCCCAAUCUGCAGACAGUGACAGUCAACUCUGUGGCCCAACAGGAAGGAGAUCUAGACAACCCUGGAGACAUUCAGAUAAAGGAAGAGCCAGACUCUGGAGACUGGCAGCUGAGCACUGACUCCACCCUGAACACGAGUGAUCUGUCCCACCUUCGUGUCAGGCUGGUGGAUGAGGAGGAUCAGCAAGUUCAAGAGGGCAAGAGGCUGCGUAGAGUGGCGUGUACUUGCCCCAACUGUAAAGAGUCAGGUGGGAGAGGAUCCGGCAUCGGGAAAAAGAAGCAGCACAUCUGCCACAUUGCGGGCUGUGGGAAAGUAUAUGGAAAAACAUCGCACCUGCGAGCACACCUGCGCUGGCAUUCAGGGGAGAGACCUUUUGUUUGCAGCUGGAUGUUCUGUGGGAAGAGGUUCACACGCAGUGAUGAGCUGCAGAGACACAGGAGAACACACACAGGAGAGAAGAAGUUUGUCUGCCCAGAAUGUUCCAAGCGCUUCAUGCGGAGUGACCACCUGGCAAAGCACAUUAAAACUCAUCAGAACAAAAAAGGUGUGAACUCUGGCACCUCGGUGGUGGUCUCGAUGGAGUCCGCGGGGUCCUCGGACAGUAUCAUCACGACGGCGGGCGGGACCACACUCAUCCUCACCAACAUCCAGCAGGGCUCCAGCACGGCCCAGGACAUCCUGGCCAAUGCCGAGAUCCCGCUCCAGCUCGUCGCCACAGUACCAGCCAGCGAAGUCAUGGAGUGACCUGCACUCCAUUUAUGAACUUGUACAAACUCUGUCAUACUGUGUACUCCUACCUUGCAUUUCUAUUCACGUUUUGAAGAAAAACUGAAAUUAUAAAUAUAUAUACAAAUAUUUUAACACAAAAAUAGUCGAUCCAUGUCCAUGCUCUGUUUUUACUGAGGAAUAACAAGUGUUGGUUAAUAACAGAAGAUAAAGGUGGAGAAAUGCAUUGCAGUAAACACACAAGGAAAUGCCUUAUUUUGUACAAUAUUGUGUAGUUGCAAAUGUAGGAUGCCAUUUUGUUUUGAAUCUACUUAUUUGUUAAUAAUGGGUUUUUAAUGAGAAGUUGUUGGUAAGUUGAGCGUUUAUUUCCCCUCCUUUUGUUGAUUCUAUUCUAUUCUGACGAUGUCCUUGCUGAGUAAGUAUGUUCCCUAAUUCUCCUUGAGCAAAGAAUCUCACAGCAGUAAUCAUUUUAUCCAGCCAAAAUAUUAUUGCUUAUGUCCUUGCAAAUUUUCUUUACGUUAUGUGUGGAUCUGCUUGCGAACUAGCCCGAUUCCUCCGUUUAUUUUCUAAACUGUGUUCGCCAACUACAUUUUGCAGGUGAAAAUGACGAAACAAUCAAAGUUUUCUAUUGUAAUUCCUCUUGAAGUACUGUUCUGUUCGUAUGAUACUUUUAUUUGCUAAUUAAAUAUUUUGAACCACUAUUUAUACUAGGCUUUACAGAAAACAAAAAAAAUGAUUAAUUUGUGAUAUAAAAGUCAAAUAUUUCAUACAGUUCCAUUGUGUGUAAUUGAAAUGUGUUUUCGUUAAAAGCUUUGGGCGACUGUCAAUUUAAAACAAAAGAAACAUGCAUUGUAAUAUAACGAGAAAAAGCCAUUUUUAAGACGGUAAUUGCCAAAUUUGACGAGAAACUCAGGGUGACUUGUGACUGUGUGAUAUGAUUAAAGUUCAUCACCCCCUCUAGCUUCUUGGACAAAGGUUGGUGUUGUGAAGAAAUGUAAUUUGAUGGACCAAAAGCUGGGCUGAAUUCAUUUGUCACCAUGUUACCUGUGCUUGUUCAAUCUUUCUUAGUUUUCUUCCCUCAACAAUAAGGACAGCCCUUGUGGAAAAAGCUUUGCAUAAUUCUCCAGUAUCUGGCUCUUGUCAUGCAGGUGGAAAAUCAGUCUGUCACGUAGAGUGGUACGUUGUUAUUUUUUCUUUCUUUUUUUACAGCACUGUUCACAUCACUUUUGUCUGUUAUAAUCCUUUGGUAUAAAAAUAUGUUUUGUACAUUUCCCAAGGAUCAUCUUUAUAUCCAUUGUCAGUAAAUGUACUGUUGUUUCUGUCUUUGUUGAUUCUGUUUAUUUACUGAAUGUUGCAUUCCGGCCUGGCACCAGGAUGUGGCUGAGGAUGCUUUUAAAAUUGUGCAGGAGCUUUUAUAAUAUGGGAUUUAUUUAACCACAGAAAAGUUACUGUUUGAAAGUCAGAAAGAAAUUGGAAGAUAAUCUUACAAAAAAAAAAGCGUCACUUCAUAUUGUUUUGUAUUUAUGAAUGACUUUCACUUAAGAUCAGUAAGGGAGGCACAUAGAAGUAGCUGUUUGACUCUCCUCUGUCCUGUCUCCUUCAAUCGUUUAAACACAGACUUAAAGUCACAUUAAUCUCAUCCAAUACUUUGUUGCUCUAAAAUCUUGUUUUAUAGAUGUAUGAUGUUGAAGAAAAGGGGGCAGAAAAUGCAACUGAGGUGCGGUGCGUGGUUGCAUUAUUCUGUGUAAAGUUUUAAUUGUCUUUUUUUUUUUUUACCCCUUCAACUGUUUCAUGAUAUGUACAAUGAACAGUGGCAUUUAACAUCCCCUUUGUUAUGCUAUUUCUUUUCAUUUUUAUGUAUCGCCACAGGGUCCUCGUUUUUUAGGGGAUUAUACGUUGAGCCUUAAGGCAAGAAAGCAAGAAGCUGCACAGAAAAACCUUCACAAACUUCACAUUAUAAACACUGAAGUGUUAUCAGUUAAAUUCUCUGUAUAAAUGUGUCCAUUCAACUUCAUUAUAAACCUUUUUGUCACAUGU